CCUCCUCUCUCUCCUCCUUUAUCGUCUCCUCUCUCUCAACAAUCAGGGAUUUCUUUGGCUCCUUGCUUUCCUUUGCGAGUCCUGGUUCACUUUCAAUUGGCUUCUCUUAGUUAACACCAAAUGGAAUCCCGUUCAAUACAUAACAUAUCCAGAAAACCUAGAAAAAAGAUUCUCGGAACUUCCUCCAGUAGACAUGUUUGUGACGACAGCAGAUCCGCUGCUGGAACACCCAAUCAUCACUGUGAACACUGUUCUGUCUUUGUUGGCGGUAGAUUACCCUGCUAACAAGCUUGCUUGCUAUGUGUCAGACGAUGGAUGUUCCCCUAUCACCUUUUACUCUCUUCUCCAAGCAUCCAGCUUCGCUCAACUUUGGGUUCCAUUUUGUAAGAAGUACAAAAUUCAAGUUCGAGCUCCCUUUAGAUACUUUCUGGUUAAACCUCCCAUUUCCAAUGAUAACGCCGAGUUUCAACAAGAAUGGAUAAAGAUGAAGGUAUGCAACUAGACUCUUAGAUAAAACAAUUUUCCAAAUAAAAGUUUUAUACAUACGACAGCUUUCAUAUGUUUCUUUAUUCUUGAACCAAAGGAAGAUAUAGGGAUUGAUGUAUAAAUCAAAAUUUAUUUG